AUGUCUAAGAAAUUUACAAAACAAAAUUCUCAAAAAUAUGCCGUCGUGCAUAGACCUCACGAUGACCCUCAUUACUAUGAUGAAGGCGCUUCAGCACAUCUAUUCGUUCCAAUUAAGAACCCUAAUGCUAGAGUCAAAGUAGCUAAAGGAUUUGAAGAGAAAGAAGAAGAGAUUCCUAAUCUAACCACCGAUGAUCAUUUUGUUCCUGAAAAUGAAAAGGGAUCUGGUGAUGCUUCUGCAUAUGGUAUUAAAUAUGAUGAUUCGAAAUAUGAUUACAUGCAACAUCUUAAACCGAUAGGUCAGAACCCAGAUUCUGUUUUCAUUCCAUCUAAAAAGACCACUGAACGUGGCGGUUCCAGAAAGAAGAACAUUGAAGAUAUGUUUGUGGAACCGGAGUACAAAGAUGUUGAGAAUAAGCCUACCCAAAGAGUAUUUCAAGGUGGUGUAGGUAAGCCCGAAUAUUUGGCUCAUCAACAAAAUGUAACAGACGAAAUUUCAGGUUUCAGACCAGAAAUGAAUCCCGCCUUGAGAGAAGUCUUAGAGGCUCUUGAAGAUGAAGCUUAUGUCGUCAAUGAAGAUAUCGUUGUUGAACCAAAACAAAAGAAGAAGAUAGAAGCUACUAAAACUAAAGAAGUUCAAGAAGAAGUCGCGGGCGAUGAUGAAGAUGAUAUAUUUGCUGAAUUAUUAGCAGGUGGUGAAGUUGAAGGUGAUGAUGAUUUCGAGGACCAAUUUGACGAAUGGGAUGGUGCCGAAUUAGAAGACUAUGAAGAUGAGCAUUAUAUGAAGGAAAUGGAGCAAUUUGAUAAUGUAGAAAAUCUAGAAGAUUUGCAGGAUAUUGAUUACCAGGCUGAUGUUCGAAGGUUCCAAAGAGAAAAGAAGAAUGAUUGGGAUAGUGCCGAUGAAUCGGAUAAUGAAUUCCUUGAUGAUAAUUCUGAUAUUGGUAAUAUGUCAGGUUUAAAUAACGAAGAGGAAGAAGAAGAAAACGAUGCAUUAGGUGAUUUGCCAGCUUUUAAAUCAAAACCAGUUAAAGGUAGCAAAAAAAGAAGAAGUCGUCAAAAGAAAGGUGCAAUGUCUGAUAUAUCGGGGUUCUCGAUGAGUUCGAGUGCAAUUGCUCGUACAGAAACCAUGACAGUGUUAGAUGAUCAGUAUGAUAGUAUAAUUAAUGGAUAUGAUAAUUAUGAAGAAAACCAAGCAGAGGAUGAAGAGAAUACAUACCAACCAUUUGAUAUGUCGAAGGAACGUUCUGAUUUCGAGUCAUUGGUAGAUGAUUUCUUAGAUAAUUACGAAUUAGAAUCUGGUGGACGUAAAUUAGUAAAGAAAAAUCAAGAAGUACAAAAAUAUAAAGAUGCUGCUGAUGCUGUAAGUAAAGGUAAAUUAUCACAAAGAAGAAACCGUGAGCGUGAAUCAAAAGAAGUUAAAAACGUUACAAACUCUUUAAGUAGUUUACGUUUUUAA